AUGGAUCACAGAGAUGCGGAUGUCGAGCGCGGAGAUGUGUGGUCAACUGGAAAUUCAAACCUGCAUAUACCCUGGCAAAGGCCCUAUGCGACUGGCACGCCGCAACCUGGAAGUCCGGUGCGACACAGAAGCCUCGACGAUGACCAGAGUAGCAACAAAGUUCUCUUGACUUUCAAGGAACGCGUUCGACAUUUUGUCUGGACUUGGUUUACUAUGACGAUGGCCACUGGACAACUAGCGAACGUAAUUUUGAAUGUGCCCUACAAGUUCAAUGGUCAAUAUGCAAUCGGCUGUUGCUUUUUCAUCUUUAACCUUGUCCUGUUCACCUUCAACGUGACCAUGAUCUCUCUUCGAUUUUAUUGGUAUCCGUCAACCUUCAAGGCAUCGCUCACACACCCUACUGAAUCUCUCUUUGUGCCCGCCUCGGUUGUCUCAUUUGGCACAGUCUUGAUGAACGUUACCGAAUAUGCUGUCGGUAAUGGAAAGUCUGGGUACUGGCUAGAGAGAACCAUGAUAAUUCUAUUCUGGGUCUACUGUGGACUUGCAAUGGCUUUCACCUGCGGCAUCUAUCUCAUCAUGUGGUCAACGCAGACGUAUACCAUCUCUAGGAUGACACCAGUGUGGAUCUUCCCGGCAUACCCGCUACUAAUUAUUGGACCACAUGCUGGAAAAUUGUCCUCACGAGUAGCGCCAGACUCUGCAUUGCCUAUCAUUGUUGGAGGCUUCUGUCUUCAAGGCAUUGGCUUUAUGAUGUCCCUGAUGGUCUACGCCGCUUUCUUAUAUCGCCUGAUGACGCAAAAACUUCCAAAGGAAUCUCUCCGUCCUGGCAUGUUCAUUUCCGUUGGUCCUUCUGGCUUCACCAUUGCAGGAGUCAUUACUAUGGGCCAAAAUCUCCCAGGAUGUAUACCGGAGAAUUUUAUGGGUGUGGGACAAAUGGCUGGCACCAUCUCCGUGGUCAUGGCAAACUGGAUGGGUAUCUGGCUCUGGGGCCUUGCCAUCUUCUUCUUCAUCGUCUCUUGCGGCGCGCAUUGGUCAUGCGUCAGACAUGGACGUCUCCAAUUCGCUUUGACCUGGUAUUCGUUCAUUUUCCCGAAUACAGGUUUGACUGUAAGUUUCUCACCACAUCCUCCGACCGUCGUAUCCGGCCGAGCAAAACUGACGUCUCUUCAUAGUNCUGCCACUUUUGCUGUAGCACGCGCGCUAGAUGGAUGCAAACCUAUCCGCAUCUUAGGCUGCGUGUUCACUUGUCUCCUCGUCGCUGGCUGGUUCUUCGUCUUUGGCAUGAUGAUCCGUGCCGUAAUUCUCAAGGACAUUCUAUGGCCGCAAAAGCAAGAAGACCGUGAUGAAGGUGGCUGGAAGACCGAGGACCCUGACUUGACUUUGACAAAGAGUGAGGCAGGGAAUCCUUAUCCUGAAGGGAGUUCUAGACGGCAAGCCGGAUUUUGA